GUAGGACCAGAGCGAACAGCUUCAAACCGGUUUCAGCGCUUGGCAACAAAAGCUCAACCAUAUUGUCCGGGUCUCAUUCAGCACCAGAGGAUGCCACAUCAACAUAUACCGCUUCAGGAUUAUAGAAGAAGUUACAGUAGGUUUUUAAUAGAAAUUAUGGUUGGGCUAUGAUAUUUUUAUUUUGCGGUGUAGCGCUGUCCAUCUCAACAGCAUACUGCUGAGUUUACGGCUACUCUACAACUGCAGGUGCCAAUUAAAUAUAAAGGACUGCGGUCUCCAGUGUGAGUCUGUCAGCAUGGGUUCUCCUCAGGGCAGUAACAACAUUAGAAAGCCCCUGGAUGGGGGCUGGGGCUGGGCCAUUGUAGUGGCCUGCUUUUUGGCUCAACUGCUGGCCUACGGCUCACCACAGUCUGUGGGUGUGAUCUACCCAGAAUGGCUUAGUGCCUUCCAGGAGAGCAAGGCUAUGACAGCCUGGGUGGGCUCUCUAGUCUCUGGAGUGGGACUCAUAGCAAGUCCUAUCUGCAGUGCGUGUGUGGUCAAUUUUGGGGCCCGGCCUGUCACCAUCUUCAGUGGAGUUAUGGUCUCUGGGGGUCUGAUGCUCAGUGCCUUCGCGCCCAACAUCCCCUUCCUCAUCUUCUCCUAUGGCCUUGUCGUCGGUCUGGGCUGUGGACUGGUCUAUGCCGCUACCCUGACUAUCACCUGCCAGUAUUUUGACAAGAGGAGAGGCCUGGCUCUGGGAAUUGUCACCACAGGCACCAGUGUAGGGGGCUUCCUCUAUGCCACGGCUCAGAACGAACUCAUCGAGCUGUUUGGCCUUGAAGGAUGUCUGCUCAUUAUCGGCGCCCUGGCCCUCAACAUCAUCGCCUGUGCUGGCCCCAUGAGGCCCCUGGUACUGCCUGCCUACUACCUCCGCCAGCGGGCAGCAGCUCUGGAGCAGGUAGAGGGGCACCUGUAUGAUAAGGCUCCGCUGGCAGAGGAACCUAUCAAACCUGCCAAUGAGAAGCAGCCACAGGCCUGUCACAUGCUAAUCACCAUAGAAACCAAAGACCCUCUGGCCUAUGAGAAGACCCUGCUAAGUUGUUCUGCCCUGGUGAAGCUAAUUAAGACGAAGCAAAAGGACUACUGCAGAUACAUAUGUUCCAUAUCAGAGCUGCUCCAGGACCGUGUCUUCAUGGCUCUCUGCGUCUCCCUUUUCCUCUACGCCCUGGGGGCCUACCCCCCCCUCCUCUUCAUGGAAGACGUGGCUCAGACCCGUGGCCUGGUGGAGACGGUCAGCGUCAUCCCCCUCGUCUCUAUCACCGCCAUCUGUGCAGGCGUGGGCAAGCUGGCCCUGGGCGCCAUGGCCGACCUGCCCUUCGUCAACAGCGUGCUGCUGUACGCGUUCACCCUGACAGGCAGUGGCAGUGCCCUGCUCCUCAUCCCGGUGACGCGGUCCUACGCGGGGCUGCAGGUGUUGUCGGCCGCGCUGGGCUUCUUCUCUGGGAACUGGUCCCUGACGCCCUACGUGACUACGGAGGUGGUGGGGAUUGAGCGCUUUACCCAGGCCCACGGCAUCCUCAUGCUGUUUGGGGGCUUCGGCAUCAUGCUGGGAUCCCCUGUUGUAGGUUUCUUAUAUGACUGGACCCAGUCUUAUGACCUGGCUUUCUACCUCAGUGGGGGAGGAGUGCUCCUGGGGGGGCUCUGUCUGUUCCUGUCUUCCCUGCCCUGUCUGGAUCGCCCCAAACCCCAACCCCCCCAGCCACAACCAGACCUUCUCCAGCCUCCUGAGGUCCUUCGCCCAGAACCCCCUCACCCAGACCCAGAGUACCCCAGCACCUGUGACAUGGUAGCCUCUGUGGCCUAAAGUGCUGACAUGGUCUAAUUGUUGCUGAUUGGUUCAAAUACAGUGUAAUUGUAAUUGGAGGUUUUUCAGUUUCUGUCACAGUUGAUACAGGGAGUGAGUUAUGUGAGUUGAUAGCCUUUGUUUUACGCAGUGGGUUAGGGGGGAUUCAUGAAUUGAGAUUAACUUCUUGUACUCAUUCAAGUGAAAACUUGAAUGUAAUAAGUAGACUAUUUUCUGAACAACUUGAUGCUGAAGAUUUUAGACAUUUUUUCCGUGCUCCUGUGUACAACAUGCCUGUCACAGCAUGCUGGGAUGUUCAGGAGGAUGCAGUUGGUCUGACUGGCAGACUGUACAGUUUUAUGGACUGACCUUUUUUUCUUGUUGCCCAAGCCUUGUAAACAACACCACCAAUCAUUAAGAGCCACACAGUUAGUCCAUGACAUGUUUACAGUAUGAGUGAAACUGUCAUUCAAAAAUGCCCGCUAAUGAAAGGGCCCUCUUUGACUCUUUGAUGAUGAGGUGUGUUUGUGCACAUUAGGGGUUUAGUCCCUAAGAAAUAACUGACAUGAUCUGAAAGCAGCAUGCUCAAGGCUUCUUCCUGUUGUUGUUGUUGUUGUUGGAUAAGCUAAGGGUCGGCCGGGUUGUUUUCAGUAUGCGGAGGCUUGAAUACUAACACAACCUUUUGUAUUUUUGUCGGAACAUAUGCAAAUGUGUUCAUGAGUGUUUUUGACUGGCUAUUAUCAGUCAGUUUUACUGCCUGUCAUAUAUCUGCAGUAUCUAUCUAACUCAGAUCUGUUGUCGCUGUCUGUGUACUGUAUAUGAUUCUUUAUUUGUUUUGUGGAUGAAGUUCUGCCCUUUACUGCAUGUUCUAUUUGGUGACCAUUGAGGUCUAGACCUGGUUCACUUGAUUUAGUUCAACCAGUGCAUGGAAACCAGUGGAACGGUCCCAAAAGUACAGACUAAAGACUAAAUCCAAUGCACCUCAUAUACUGUGUCGUCCGGAUUAUCUGGGUUUAUUUGACUCAGGGUAGAUGCAUUUGAUGUGAGGUAUGAGAACAAGAUGGAUGUGCACUUUAACCUAGCGGAACAUGGAGUCCUUCUGACUACCUAGUUAGGACCGCUGUAAUUUAUUUGUCUGACCACACACUCUCAUACCAAAGUGCUUGAUUCUAAAUAUACCACUGCGAAUUCUCCUAUUGUGGGAUAUAAUUUCCCUCCCUUAAAGGAAAAUGUGCUCACUCAAAGGAUUUGAAGAAUUCUCGAAAAAUAUAUUUAUUUUUGUGAGAUGCUAACAUGAUCUGUCAAUCGGAUUAGGCUGACUAUAUUUUGAACUGUAAAGCAAUAAAUAUGGCUCUGCCAGUAGCCUGUUGUUGAUUAAUAUUAAAUAUGUGACUGAAAUGGUUCACUGCAUCAGAUGAGCAGUUUGACCUAGGGGAUUGUUCAGAAACAAGCACAUUGAUAAUGAUUCUUAUUUUUCUGACAAGAUCCCUGUCAACAAUGUGUAACUUGAAGAAAAAACUAAUAUGGUAAUGGCUUGCAAUGUCACCCACCAUUAUACCACAGAUAUCCUUGUUGCCUUUCUUUUGUGACCCAAUAUUUCCAUCGGUUGAGAAAACACCUUUUUGCCAUUUGUUAUUUAUAUACUGUCUUUUUGUAUGUUUGUAUCUGUUUGUAUGUCAUUUUUUAAAUAAAGUACAUUUUGACACUGA